CGGCUACAUUGAGGGAUAGCUGCACUACAUUCAGUGUAGUUUCGUGUAGCAACUGUAGCUUGUCCUCAGAACUAAAUUACUGACCUAGAUUUUCACUAGAGAUGCAGUUAAAUGUUUCGGGCGAAUGCAUAGAAGUAAAUUCGUUCUCCACGUUGAAAAUAGACGACAAGUCCUGGAGCUAACUCACGGUACGGGGGCGUUCAGCCUACAGCAAAACUUCUGUAAGGACUUUGUUCCGAGUUUAAAUUCACGCUAAAAUUGCUAAAAUGGAGAUUCACGAAGGAGCAGCGGCAGCAGGCGACGGCGUCCUUGAUUUUUCACGUUUGAGUUUAAACACUUUUAACGCUGACAGUAUCAGCGACGAGAGGAAGAGGGACACCAAGCAGCUGUACUUGAAUUACAACCGACUAGCCUCGCUGCCCUCGUCGGUCGGCGUUUUCUGCAACCUCGAGUUUUUGGACAUAAGCAACAACGGACUGACGGCCAUCUGUGAGGGCAUUACGCGACUGACCAGGCUGAAAACACUAUUAGCCAAGAACAACCGCCUGGACGAGUUUUCUCUGCCCAAGGAGUUCGGCUCUCUGCAGCUGGAGGUGCUGAACUUUAGUGGGAACCGAUUCGAGGAGAUCCCACUUCAGUGUAUGAAACUGCUGCGUCUGCAGUCGCUUUCACUCGGCGGAAACAGACUGAAAAACAUACCCGCAGAGAUAGAAAAUCUAACCAGUCUGGAGCUGUUGUAUCUGGGUGGAAACCUCAUCUCAGCCAUUCCUCCUGAAGUGGCUAACCUGCCCUACCUCAGCUACCUGGUCUUAUGUGACAACCGCAUCCAAAGUGUCCCCCCACAGCUCACCAGGCUCUACUCGCUGCGAUCUUUAAGUCUCCACAACAACUUGCUCACUUACCUGCCGAGAGAGAUUCUCAGCCUGGUGCACCUGCAGGAGCUCAGCCUCCGAGGCAACCCACUGGUGGUGCGCUUUGUUAAGGAGAUGAUCUACGACCCCCCCUCGCUGCUAGAGUUGGCAGGACGUACAGUUAAGAGCCGAAAUAUCCCCUACUCCCCUUGUGACCUGCCCUCAAAUCUGCUGCGUUACCUGGACCUCGCCAGCAAGUGCCCCAACCCCAAGUGUGCCGGCGUCUACUUUGAUUCAUGUGUGCGCCAGAUCAAAUUUGUGGACUUCUGUGGGAAGUACCGGCUGCCCCUCAUGCACUACCUGUGCUCUCCAGAGUGCACCUCUCCCUGCAGCUCCAACCCCCAGAGCGACGCAGAGUCGGAAGAUGAGAGCAGCGUUCCCGCUGACCGCCUGCAGAGGGUGCUUCUGGGAUAGUAUGGCACAGAGGAGAACCUCUGACCCUCCUCCCAAGCCCAGCCUUGUCAGUCCAUCACUGUGUUCAGCAUUUAUACAGACAUGAACUUGGCUGUCAGACUUUGCAUUAUAUAAAUACACAUACACAUACACAAUUGCGCACACACACUCGCAUAAAAGUUUUACAUAUAGCCACUUAAACAAACAAAAUGUGAGAGAGUGGUCCUUACUACUGUGGCCCAGAAAACACUCUAUUUUAUGGAAUUUUUUGGAAAGAAAUCUGUGCCCUCUCCAAUCACGUCGCUCCCAAUAACAUGAGUAAAGGAAUUAUUUCCUUUUGUAGCCACAUAAAUCCAUUCUGCCACUCAUGACUCCAUCAAAGUGCUGGUCUCAUGGUGGAGCAUAGGAGGGCAGUAAAACUCUGGUUUUGACUGUGAACAAAUAAGGAGCAGCAGGAUUCUUUUCCUUUCCAAUGAAGCAUACUUUAUCUCUAGUAUUACACCUGGUGCUCUUUUGUAACUGCAGCACAUUAUUUUGUAUUUUCUGAAAGUUUUGAAUUGAACAAAGCGUUUUUUUGUCCAACUACUGGAAACAUACAGCAAGCUUUUAUUUGUAGUUCUUUGACCAAUUGAGCAUCAAAGCUGCUAUGCUAAGUAAGAAAAAAUUCUGUGGCUUUUCUUAAGCAUGUCAACAGAAACAGCAUCACUAGUUUUACACUACAGUGAUCUAAAUUAAAUGAGUAUAAGGUGUGAGAUGACCUUAUUUACACUGUGUGUGGUGUAGUUGGUCUGACCCACACAAUAUUAAAAGAUCAAGGCUUAUCCUUUUUUUCAGCAGUGUGUUCAGUGCACACCAGCCUUGAAUGCCAUGAUGGCAUAGUUGUUAUAAAUUAACCCAGAACAAGGGUUAUAUGUGUAUGUGGAAGAAUGCUUGUCCAGCCUUACUCACAGGAAGUGGAUGUGGGGUGGACCAGGGAAAACCAUUCACUGUGUUAGCUCAGAAACAAUAGCUAUUCAGCAAAACACAGUGGCAGCCUUCAUGUUUAUGUUCAUGGCUGUCAGUUUUCUCUGGGAAUAAACAUAUAGAUGUGUGUGACUGGAGCCUAAAGUCAGAGUUAUUUUUGAGGCAGAAACUCGUCUUCGUCUCUAAACAGAGAAGACGGUGUUUCUGUUCCUGGUUACAUCACUGCUUCGUCUUUCAGCUUGUGUGGAGAGCUGGGAGGUUUUACAGCCUCCCAGACAGUUUGUGUCCAUUAGUGCAGAGGAAAAAAACUUCUUCACAUUAGAGCUUUAGUGUUUAGAAAACGGAAGAACGCUCCUCAAUGUUACAGUAGCUUCUAUAUGCGAGCAUUUAAGUGCCUUACUAAUGGUGGCUUCUAACACAAUGAAACGGUAUGAAGAAAUGUGAUAUAUGCACCCUGCAAUGUGACAAGAUUAACAUUCUGGAUUAUAAAGUCCUUUUUAAAAGUGAUUUUGUACUCAUCAUCUUAACAAUAAUAAAGAGAAGAAGUAACCUUUUAUAACAAAAUGAACUGCUUUUAUACAAAUCCUUUUUCAAAUGUUAAACGCAUAUUUAAAUGACCUGCAAAAUAGAUGGCACUUCAAACAGAAAAUAUAUUGAUAUAUAUUGAUUGUAUGUACUUUUCCCCUUUUCAGAUAAUGUAUGUAGACUGUACAGUAUAUAUAACAUUAAUAAAGACUGAUUGUAAUAUCUUUAAAA